AUGCAAUCAAGUGCAGACGAUGUGCCCAUGUGCAUUUUGACUCGUCGGCAGGUUUUAGUCGACUGCUUCCAGCGAGGAGGUAUGUGGAUUUUAGCGGUGGGGCUUCCCGGCCUUGUCGUCGUGUUUCUCGAGCUGGUGGUGUUUGCGGGCACCCAUGCCAGCGGGGGAAAGGCGUGGAAGGUCGGCUGCUUUGCGGAUGCCCCCUGGCUCAUCGCCGCAAUCAUGGCCAACGGGUUCAGAUCCCCCCUGGGUGCGCUUGCAGUGGCCGGUCUUCACUUUCUGCCUUUGUGGCUCUGGCUGUUCCUGCGUGUUCCAGGAAGGUCCUCCGCGCGCUUUCUGUGUCUCGGACCGGUGCUGCUCCUCGGGCGAUGCCUGGCUGCGGCUGCAGAGCUUUGGGUCCUCAGGCGCUACCUUGGAAGCAUCCUGAGCCGGGAUGCCACGGCCCUGAGUGAGAGGCAAGACGCGAGCCGAUAG